AUGCAGUUUGCAAACUUCAAAAAUAUUUAUAUGGUCUCAAGCAGGCUUCUAGGCAAUGUCUAUGUAGAUGAUGUUAUUCUAGCAAGCAAUGACUUGGAUGAAUUAGAAGCCUUGAAGGGAAGAUUGAACAACAGGUUUAAGUUGAAAGACUUGGGUAAAUUGAAAUAUUUCCUUGGACUAGAGAUUGCUAUAUCUGACAAAGGGAUAUUUGUAUCUCAAAGGCCAUAUGCGCUUAAGAUUCUUGAAGACUUAGGGUAUCUUGGAUGCAAACCACUAAGUACUCCUAUGGAAACAAAUCUGAAACUCAGUCAAGAUGGUAAUCAAGAUGGGAAAGACAAUCCGGCAGACCCCAUGUUAUAUAGAAGAAUAGUUGGGAAACAACAAUACUUGACUAUAACUAGACCUGAUUUGUCUUAUUUAGUCAAUAGAUUAAGUUAA